UUUGUUUACUUCGUUGAUUCUCUCUUUUCACCUGUGCCGGAAAACGCAUGCUUUUCCCAUUUUCCCCGACAUAAACAAAUGCUAUUUAUAUACGAAUCGGCAAACUAAUUGCUGCGGUGAAAUGUUUUGUUUUCAACGGCCGCAGAAGUUCCCUGUUUUUGAGUGCGUGAGGUUGUUAGCCAAAAACGAAGAGGAGGCCAAUUAAAUAAGCAGUAAAAUAGAAAAACUACAAUAUAUUGGGCAAUUGUGGCUGCCAAAAAUAUAACAAUACGAAAAGGGUCUUUCCACGCUGGUAAACAGCGCCAAGUGGUACUAUUCGGUCCGUUGUGAUAAGCCCCACACCCCGGAACUGUUCGGCAUUCUCUACCAGGACGAUAUGCCAAGAAUUUGAAGGCUAAUGGGGUCAACUGUUGUAAACAACAGGCCGGAUCUGAUUAACUUGUUGCAGUAGAUGCGGCCACAAUUAAUUUGCACAACAAUGGACUGAUGCGAACAGUUGUUAGCCGAUGUCUGCCAAAAAAAAAAUAGCAAAAGGAAGGGCAACAUCAGCAGAAACUACAACAAUUGCCAGAGCCGUAGCAACAAUUACAAGAACCGAGUCAAAUAUUGCAAGUACAACAGCAGCAUGCAACUGUGGCAACCCGGCCAUAUCAACAUUUCGCCUAGAAUUGAGCAAUUUGCCAGUGCUGCUGCUGCUGCGUAUACGUAAUAUUAAAAAUAGGCUAACGCCCAGGCUGCAGGAUGAACAAGCGCAACGUCAUCAUCGCGGGAAUCGUGGCCAGCCUUUUGGGCCUGGUGCUCGGUGCCAACUUCUACUUCAUGUACUACCUCAGCGCCGAGGAGGGCCAUUUGGCCAGCGUUCGGGCGCUGGAGAACAUGAUUCGACACAAGAUGCGCCACCUGAAGCCCAACUACCUCAAUCGCAACCCGCGCUUCUUUAUGUUCCGCAAUAAGCUGCUCAAGAACUACAAGGCGGCGCCGUACGAGAACGCCAGCGUCCUCUGGGACAUUGCCAACUGGUGGCCUCAUGAAAAUGAGGUAUACCCGUUGUACGAUUCCUCUAUGGGCCAGCUUUUGGAAACCAUGCGCCGUGAACCGAUCACCAGGGUAAGCAACCUGGCACGCGGCACCCAGUUGAAGCUGUUGAUGCGCCUCUCACAGCAACAGAAGGUGAUCUUCAAGCCCCAAUGGUAUCCUCGCGAUGAAGUCAUCGAGGGAACAGUAUACAGCGGGAAGGAUCGACACACUGCUGAAGUUUAUGCCUUUUAUCUUGGUGCAGUGCUAGACUUUCGAUGGACGCCCAUCGUUGUGGGUAGAGUGGUGAACUUAAAGAGGGAGAUCUACGCCAACGGUGACCAGGAACUCCAGCAAACCAUAAACAUCGAAACGGACGAAGAUGGCAAGGAAACUUACUGCUUAUUCGGAAAGUGCCACUACUGCAACGAAGAGGAAACGGUUUGCGGUGACGAAAGGCACAACAUCGAGGGCGUGCUCAUCUAUAUCGUUCCGGGAUCGUUGGCCAAGCGACGAUCACCGUGGCAGCGCACCUACAAGGAGGACAAAAGAGCACCCUGGGAGGACGACAUGACAUACUGCAAGUCAUUAAAGAACAAAAUGGAAACUAUUCGCCUGCUGGACCUUAUAGAUGUUUCAAUUUUCGACUAUCUUAUCCAGAAUGGCGAUCGACAUCACUAUGAGACGAGAGAAGAGCGGGUGGUACUCAUAGACAACGGAAAGUCCUUUGGAAAUCCAAACAAGGAUCACUUGGAUAUCCUAGCGCCGCUUUACCAAUGCUGCUUACUCCGUAAAUCUACGUGGGAUCGACUGCAAGUAUUCUCCGGCGGAGUGCUGACGGAGAUCGUCGAUAGGCUUUCCAAGCAGGAUGCCCUCUAUCCACUUAUCACGGACAAACAUAAAAAAGGAGUCGAACGACGACUUUUGGUGGUCUAUGCAGUUGUGGAGUAUUGCAUGGACAUCGAAGGCGAAAAAAUGUUCAAAACUUUAUAGUUCGAGAUAGAGAUUAAGGCUAAAACAGCUGCAGAUCCUGAUGAGCAAGCACUAGAGCUUCUGAAACUCACUUUCCACAUCCUACUUAAAAUGUUAGCUAAGAACUUUUAGUCAAUGUUUACCUUCGACGGCUGUCAACAUUUCUCUUAUAACCUGGAAUUGAGGCAAGAAUGCUAAAAAAAAACUCAAACGUCUCUAUUAGUAUAACAAUUCCCAAGAUAUUCAAGUUUUCAACGAAAAAUAUCUUUUUAACUAAAUUCCCUGAAACAAAUGGGUCUGUAAAAUUAACCUUUAAAACAUAUCCGAUAGUCUAGUUAUAAGAAUAGCGACGGUUGUUAUUUAAUAGGUAAUAUUUUAGUAAAUUUGCAAAAUUGUUAAGUAUAGUUUUGUAGCUUAACUAAAAAGUGUGUAAACAAUCAAAAACAAA